AUGUCCAAAGCAUACGACAGAGUGGAAUGGGGAUAUCUGAGAGAGUUAUUAAAGGCUUUGGGAUCUGAUGAGAAAUGGAUUCUUUGGGUGAUGGCAUGUGUUACUUCGGUAACUUUUUAUGUGCUUAUCAAUGACCAGGCCCAUGGUAUGAUCAUUCCUCAGCGUGGGUUACGACAGGGAGAUCCUCUUUCUCCUUUUUUGUUUGUUCUAUGCACGGAAGGACUUUCUCACUUGUUGAAACAAGCAGAAUUAGAAGGCAAAGUUAAAGGGAUCAGUUUUAGUGAGGAAGGUCCUAUCAUCAGCCAUUUGCUAUUUGCUGAUGAUAGUUUGUUUCUGUGCAAAGCUGAUGAGGAACAAUGUAUCAAUUUAAAGGAUAUCCUGCGAAGGUAUGAAAGAGCUACUGGACAGGCCAUCAAUGUUGAAAAAUCUUCAAUUGCCUUUGGGAAGAAAGUGGCGAAAGAAAGGAUAAAGCAGAUUCAAGAGAUUUUCGGCAUUUAUAAAAAAGGAGGGGGCAAAGAUAUUUUGAUCAAAUCAGUGGCAUUAGCUAUGCCUAUCUAUGCCAUGAGUUGCUUUAAACUUCCUAAGACGACUUGUCAGAACUUGAACUCAGCCAUGUCUCAAUUUUGGUGGCAAUCUUUUGAGCAUGCAAGGAAGAUGAACUGGGUUAGUUGGGAGAAGUUGUGCUUGCCUAAAGACCUCGGUGGUUUAGGGUUUAAAGAUAUUGAGAGGUUUAAUCAAGCUCUUUUGGCCAAACAAGCUUGGAGAAUUCUUAACUGUCCGGACUCCCUUUUAGCAAGGUUGCUCAAAAAAAAAGGAAUUUCUCGGAGAAUUGGGGAUGGUCAUAAUUCAUUUGUAUGGACUGACCCUUGGAUGGAAGACAGUGAUGGUUCUAUGAGAGCUCCUUGGAGAAAGAAUUAUUUCUUUGAUGCGGUUUUAAAAGUCAAGGAUCUCAUCAAUGCUGAUGGCUCUAACUGGAACCAGUUUUCAGUGAAAUCGGCAUUGUGGUUGGCAAGCGAAUCUGCUAAUGAAGCUAUGAUGGAAGCUCGACUUCAACCUUCCUUAAAUCCUUUGAAAGAACAGGUCUUGAGUUCAGCAUUACCAGUAGAUGAAGGGUUUAGAGGUAGAGGAAUGAAAUCAGAAGAAUUUUGUCAGAUGCAGAUCUGGGCUCUUUCUAAUGUUCCUCUGCCUUCUCAGGGGUUUGAUCCAGAUUCAGUUUAUGCAAAUAUGAACUUUCUUUUGAGGAUGAUUAAGCAUAGAAACAGGGAGUAUAAGACUCGGAGAGCAAUUCCGUGGUUGUUAUGGAAUAUUUGGAAAGCCAGAAACUCUUUCUUAUUUGAUGGCUUAAUUCCAAAUGCCUGCCAAGUGGUGGACAGGAGUUUUAAUGAAGCGGAUAACUGGUUUUGUGCUCAAGCGUUUGAUCUUCAAAAAGAGCACCAACUCAGAAAAAUGGAGAUUGAUCAAAGAUCACGUUGGGUGCCCCCUCCUCAUGGAUGGAAGAAAUAUAUAUCGCUUGUUGACUUGGUGAACUAUCCAAGAAGAUGGCCAGCCUUCUGUAGUCAAUCGACUGCUGUGCUCCAUACUCUGGACAAGAUAAAAGAAUGGAAAUUUGUUUUUGAACAUCAGCUAGCUAAUAGAGGAGCUUGUCUCAUCGCUCAAAGUGCUAUUCUGCCUUGGUUUAUGCAAUCUUAUGUAGCUCGUGGUUCUCCUCUUUGGUUGCUCGAGCUAUUUGACGAUGAGAAAUCAUUCGCCUCUGUUUAG